CCGUCCCGCCCCCGAGCCGGGGCCUCCCAGAGUGCCCAACCGCCAGGCGCCCAGGCCUGGGGCAGCGCGAGCGCCGAACCUCCGGCUGGACACCAAGAUGCCUGGCGAACAGCAGGCAGAGGAGGAGGAGGAGGAAGAAAUGCAGGAGGAGAUGGUGCUGUUGGUGAAGGGUGAAGAGGACGAGGGUGAGGAGAAGUAUGAGGUGGUGAAACUCAAGAUCCCCGUGGACAACAAGGAGGUCGCGAGCGAAGGGCCAGCGCCGUCGGCCGACCCGGCGCGCCCCCACGCGUGCCCGGAUUGCGGCCGCGCCUUCGCGCGCCGCUCCACGUUGGCCAAGCACGCGCGCACGCACACCGGGGAGCGGCCCUUUGCGUGCACCGAGUGCGGUCGUCGCUUCUCGCAGAAGUCGGCGCUGACCAAGCAUGGCCGCACGCACACAGGCGAGCGGCCCUACGAGUGCCCCGAGUGCGACAAGCGCUUCUCGGCGGCCUCGAACCUGCGGCAGCACCGGCGGCGCCACACGGGCGAGAAGCCGUACGCAUGCGUGCAUUGCGACCGCCGCUUUGCGCAGAGCUCCAACUACGCCCAGCACCUGCGCGUGCACACGGGCGAGAAGCCGUACGCGUGCCCGGACUGCGGACGCGCCUUCGGCGGCAGUUCGUGCCUGGCGCGCCACCGGCGCACGCACACGGGCGAGCGGCCGUACGCAUGCACCGACUGCGGCACGCGCUUCGCUCAGAGCUCAGCGCUGGCCAAGCACCGGCGCGUGCACACGGGCGAGAAGCCGCACCGCUGCCCCGUGUGCGGCCGCCGCUUCGGCCAUCGCUCCAACCUGGCGGAGCAUGCGCGCACGCACACUGGAGAGCGGCCCUACCCGUGCGCGGAAUGUGGCCGCCGCUUCCGCCUCAGCUCGCACUACAUCCGCCACCGUCGCUCGCACAUGCGACGUCGCCUCUAUAUCUGCGCCGGCUGCGGCCGGGACUUCAAGUUGCCCGCCGGCGCCACGGACGCCAAUGCCGCCGAGCGCUGCCCUGAGUGUGAGGGCAGCUGAGCCGCCGCUCUUGUCGCUGCGGGGCUGCGAGCAUCCGGCUGGGGAGGCGCACGCUGGGAGCGCGACGGGGAGGCGGCUGCGCUCACCUGGACGACGACUCCUCCCCCGCCUGGCACCCGGGUCUGGGAAAGGGUGGGACAACAGGCCUGGCUGCCCUGGGAUGGGGAGAACUUCCUGCCGGGGUCCCUGGAAACAGUGCCCACCUCCCCCUCACGACAUUCCUUCGGCCUGUGUUAGUUAAUAAAGUAUUAUAUUCUCACCCCA